GAUGAUUUCAUCGUGCGAAAAAAAAUUAGGAAAACAUCACGAUUACUCUUUAUAUAAAACCCCAUACUCCUGCUCUCCUCUUCAUCUCUUUUAUCUACCUCUGAUUGCGGCAAGCACAUCACAUAACAGAAACAGAAAAAUGCCGUCCCCAGUCACGCUUCAUCUCCGCGCGGAGUCUAAGCCUAUGGAGCACCGCUCUGCGCUUACGCCUACUACCGCCAAGCAGCUUGCCGACGCGGGCUUCAAUGUCAUUGUCGAGCGCUCGACGCAGCGUGUGUUUAAGGAUUCCGAGUUUGAGGAAGCCGGAUUGCCGCUCGUCGAUGAGUUCUGCUGGCCCCAGGCCCCCAAGGACCAACUAAUCAUCGGCCUCAAGGAGCUUCCCGAGGACGACUUCCCGCUCGUGCACGAGCACAUCCAGUUCGCGCACUGCUACAAGGACCAAGCCGGCUGGAAGGACGUGCUGAGCCGAUACCACAACGGCGGCGGCACGCUUUACGAUAUCGAGUUUCUGCAGGACGAGAACGGACGCCGAGUCGCGGCGUUCGGGUUCUACGCCGGCUUUGCGGGCGCGGCGAUCGGUCUGCUUGAUUGGGCGUGGCAGCUCGAGCACACGGAGCCGUUGCCGGCGGUGGAGUGGUACGAUAACGAGGGCGCGCUGAUUGCGGACGUGAAGAAGGCUGUCGAGGGGGUUGUCGAGCGGACGGGUGCGAAGCUGCCGACUUCGCUUGUCAUUGGCGCGCUGGGUCGCUGCGGGUCUGGUGCGAUCGACUUGUUGACCAAGGCUGGAAUUCCGUCCGAGAACAUCACCAAGUGGGAUAUGGCGGAGACCGCCAAGGGCGGCCCGUUCCCGGAGAUUGUCGCGUCCGACAUCUUCAUCAACUGCAUCUACCUGUCCAAGGAGAUCCCCCCGUUCGUCACCAAGGAGACCCUCAACACGCCGGACCGCAAGCUCUCCGUCAUCAUCGACGUCUCGGCCGACACCACAAACCCAUUCAACCCGAUCCCCGUCUACACCGUCGCCACCACCUUCGACAAGCCGACCGUGCCCGUCGAGCUCGCGACCGGACCCCAGCUCAGCGUGUGCUCGAUCGACCACCUGCCCAGUCUGCUGCCGCGCGAGUCGUCAGAGACGUUCUCGGCUUCGCUUAUGCCGUCGCUGCUUGAGUUGCCGGAUCGGGAGAACGCUCGGGUGUGGAAGGAGGCGAAGGCUUUGUACGAUCACCACGUCUCGCGAUUGUAAUUUGGGUUUUUUGUUGUUUAGCUUGCGGAGUGGUUGAGUUUUGAUGUAGAUUUACAAUAGUUAUACAGAAAUAAAGGGGCGAUAUAGUUCUAAUCAAUUUCUAACACUGAGACAAUGUCAA